AUGUCUCGGGCACCGUAUGAUGCGGUCAUCAUCGGCUCUGGGCAGUCAGGGAAUCCAUUGGCAAAGGCCUUCGCGGAUACCGGACGAAAGACGGCCUUGAUUGAGAAGGCGGACAUAGGAGGAACAUGUGUGAACUGGGGCUGCACCCCAACGAAGACCAUGAUUGCAUCAGGAAGAGCAGCAUACUUGGCCAGGCGAGGAGCGAACUACGGUGUCAAUGCCGGCAAGAAUGUCAAUUCUGACGUCUUGGUCGACAUGGAAAGAGUCCGGGAACGCAAGAGAGAUAUCGUAGCGAGCUUCAGCGGAGGGAAUGAAAGUCGAUUGCUGGAAGCAGGAGUGGAUGUUUUAAAAGGAGAAGCUAGGUUCACGGGGCCGAAGUCGCUCACUGUGAGGAUGAACGAUGGUGGCGACAAGGAGGUCACAAGCGAUCUGAUCUUCAUCAACGUGGGAGAGCGGCCGUCGAGACCAGAUCUGUCAGGUAUUGAUAGCAUUCCGCCUGAGCGAGUGCUAGAUUCGACAACCAUCAUGGAGCUUGGCUCGGUACCAGAGCAUCUGAUCGUACUUGGCGGCGGCUACAUUGGAUUGGAAUUCGGACAAUUAUUCCGUCGAUUUGGUUCGAAGAUUACGAUCAUCCAACGGGCGGAACGUCUUAUACCUCGAGAAGACCCGGAUGUCUCGAAGUGCAUGUUGGAUAUCCUGGAAGAAGAUGGAACCUGUGUCUACCUAUCGAGCCAGCCCAACUCCAUAUCGCGUACAAAGAAUGAGGCUUUGCCAGUUUCAUUGAGCAUCAAAUUUACUGACGGCAGGACGAAAACCAUCGAAGGUUCGCAUUUGCUCCUUGCUGCGGGUCGAACUCCCAACACGGACACGCUCAACUUGACUGCUGCCGGGGUCACUACUUCUCCCCGCGGCCAUGUUCUCGUCCACGAUGACCUUUCUACCCAUGUUCCAGGCAUAUUUGCAAUCGGCGACGCCAAGGGUGGCCCUGCCUUCACUCACAUAUCCUACGACGACUUCCGCAUCAUUCGCUCCAACCAUAUUCCAUCCGCCAUGUCACCAACGGCGCGGAGGCUGUCGACAACGAAGGUGUCAUCGUCGCGAAGGCUGACCCCGUACGUGAUCUAUACCGAUCCACAAGUGGGACACGUUGGCAUUCAUGCGUCGGAUGCUACGACUGCGCCGUAUCAGAAUCGGAAGGUCAAGACGGCUUCAAUGCCGGCGGAAUACGUUGCUCGUGGGCUGGAGACGGAUGAGACUCGCGGCAUGCUGAAGGCGACUGUGGAUGCGGAUACAGGGGAGAUCUUGGGAUUCACGGCCGUAUGCACGGAAGGGGGGGAACUGAUGGCCGUUGUCCAGACCGCAAUGAUGGGCGGACUAAAGUAUUGGGACUUGCAGGAAGCGGUCUGGGCUCAUCCGAGCUGGGCCGAAAGUUUGAACAACCUCUGGGCAUCCUUGGAGUGA